UCGCUACACGUAAAAUACAGACACAGUGUGACUGUGUACGUGCGGCACUUGAUACACAUAUACAUCGCGACAUACCGUAGACUCUAUUUGCGACGCAUACAGCUCUGUCGCUGUGCAGUUACGUUGAAUAUCCAGAUAUUCUAAAAUAUCUCGGAUGGCUAUCCAUCCGAAAUACAUAGACUGGUUUCUGUUGACGCUAUCAGUCAAUUUCCUUCAAGCGGCUCCAAAUUCCGGUUCACAUAAAAUAAAUAAAUUGAAAAUUGCUGUUAUUGGUGCUGGUGUAUCGGGUCUGUCCUGUGCAAAAAGUGCUCGUAAAUUAGGACAUGAUGUAGUGAUUUGGGAACAGGGCGAAGCUCUUGGAGGAAUCUGGUUCUAUACGGAGAAAACGGGCAAAGAUGAAUAUGAAGACGAGAUUCAUACUCCAAUGUACAAAGAACUUCGAGCAAAUACUCCAUACCAACUGCUGGAGUUUUCAGGAUGGAAGUUUCCGAAUGGAACCAAUUCGUAUCCAUCACAAGCAGAAGUGUGGAAUUACAUCAAUUCUUACGCUAAACAUUUUGGCAUUGAUAAACUUAUCAAAUUUCAUCAUAGGGUUGACAAAGUUGAGUCAAUCAAGGGGGAUAAGUGGAAAAUCACAGUUACAGAUAAGAUCAAGAAUUAUACAAAAACAGAUGAAUUUGAUGCUAUUUGUGUUUGCAGCGGUGUUUUUGCCCUACCAAUCUAUCCUAAUAUAAGAGAUAUUGAUAGAUUCAAGGGAGAAGCUAUUCACAGUCGGCACUAUCGCAAUGCUAAAGCAUAUGAAGAUAGAAUAGAUAAAGACGUCCUAAUUGUUGGUGCUGGACCAAGUGGGAAAGACAUAACAAUUCAUGUUGCAACAUAUGCUAAUCGAGUUACGUUGAGUCGACACAUACCAGAUGAUGAAAAUGAACAAGAUUUUCAAAAACUACAAGUAGGUUUCGGGCCAAAAGUCACACUAAGAGGUGAAGUACAGCGUUUAACUGAAAAUGGAGCCGAAUUUAAAGACGGGACAUACCAAACCUUUGACUCAAUCAUUUUUGCAACGGGCUUUGAUUAUUCGUAUCCAUUUUUGGAUGAAAGCACUGGCAUUCAUGUUAAGGACAAUUACAUUGAACCACUUUAUAAGCAUAUUAUUAACAUUGAACAUCCUACUAUGGCCUUUAUCGGUGGAGUUGUUAGUGUCGCAGCCAUGCCCAUCUAUGAUUUGCAGGCACGCUUUGCUCUGCAAUUCAUCACGAAAGCCAAGAAACUACCACCAUAUGAAGAUAUGAAAUUAGAUAUGCAAACUCGAAACGAAGCUCAAUGGAAUAAAGGAAUUCCCAAUAGUAAAACUCAUAGCAUUGGAUCUAAUAUCCAAGACUAUGCUAACCAACUUGCAGAAACUGCCGGCAUUCCAAAUAUCCCAACUGUUAUCUCAGACAUCUUUAUUGAUUCACGAAAAAUAUACAAAAUAACCGACCCAUUUGGUUUUCGCUCAAAUGUGUACACGAUAAAAAGUGAUGCUGAAUUUAAGAGAGAAAGACUUUGAUAAAUCAACUAUUAACUUAAAUUUUAAUGUUGUUGACUUUAUUUAUUAUAUUCAUUUUUUCA